AUGAUGUGUUUUUCAUGUGACCUGUUCUACAACGAAGAGGACGCCAACGAGGCUGCAGGUAUCUGGUUUCAAGAAGCAUGGAACCCAAUUAUUGGAAAAAUUAGUCGAAACAAAGUGAUCUGUUAUGCGGAUUAUGUGAUUCCUGGUCAUGGGAAACUUUUCCGAAUUACUCAAGAUAUGAAAACUGCUGCGGACUGUUUCACUAAAUAUGAAACUAAUUCAGAGGGUCAAACUAUAGAGAGCCUUCCUCAAUUCGAAAACACUCUCGAGCAAGUGAUUCGUAAGCCAGCGGAGACGUUGUUUUCCUCUGCCAACUCACUGUCGUCCAACUAUGUCCGGGAUCCAACACCAACAACAGUGACAACCACACAAACCACACCAACCACUUCUGCUUCUUCAUCGGAAUCUGAUGCUACGACAACAUCGAUGUUCUACACAGUAGAUUUAACAGCUGAAACACCAUCAACAUCUGAAACCGAGCUCAUUUUUGACACCCAAGAAAAUCUACCGCCACUUGGUAUGAAAAUCAAGAAAAAUGCAAACUACAUCGAACUUCCAGGUGACAUCCAUCCGAUGGUUCAAAACUUCGCAAAGAGAGUGUCGGAUGUGUUGAAACAACCACAAAAUGAAGCAGAAGUCGCAAAAAUGAUGCCACAUUUCAAAAAAUGGCAAACAACCCUCACGAAGCUGUGGAAUCAGUACUUGAGUGCAAGCCCAACCAAAAUGUGA